GAGAGUGAGAGAGAGAGACCGGGAGAGCUUUUAAGGGAUUUGACAUACGAUUUUCUGUCUGCACCUCGCCGGACUACAGCGGCAUUUUAAUAUGAUUUUUAACGCGAUUCCUCUAAACCUCUGACGCUCAAGUUACUGCGUGUUUUUACAAAAACAGAAACCGAUAUAUUUUAGUGCAUGGCAGAACAAAAAGUCUCGCGCUUUCACGUUUGUGCUCACGUAUAGUUAAACUGACACAGUAUUCAACAUGCACAUAAUUAAUUACUUUAUUGUGCUUUAUUUUUCUUCCUGUGGAUUACGAAGUGUGUCACUGCAGAAUGGACCAGCUUUGCAUUAGGAAGACCGUCUAUAGUGAUCAUGUGGCUACGCAGAUUGAGUUAUCUCAGUGCACGGAUAGCGGUUGCAGGUUCACACAAGAGGAGGAUUUGCACUGAAUAACAGUCCCCUCUUCACAUGUAUUCUAAACAACUUAAAGUGUAUGCAGAUGCAGUUGAUAAUGUCAGCACCUUACAAACCACGAAAACAAUUGAGAACAUUGAAGGAAGGGAGGAUUCCCUCCUUACAACUUUGCCUUUUUUGGUUUAUUGGGGCAUGUUUUUGUCUUGAAGUUCUCGGCCAUCAGGGGACUCAACCACAUUCUAUCAAAAUAGAAGGAGAUAUUACACUUGGAGGCCUCUUCCCCAUUCAUGCUAGGGGACCAGCUGGUGUACCAUGUGGAGAAAUUAAAAAAGAGAAAGGGAUUCAUCGCAUGGAGGCCAUGCUUUAUGCUUUGGACCAAAUCAACAGUGACCUGGAGUUGCUCCCCAAUAUCACACUUGGUGCACGAAUUCUUGAUACUUGCUCUCGGGACACAUAUGCAUUGGAGCAGUCUCUUACCUUUGUCCAGGCCCUUAUACAGAAGGACACAUCAGAUAUUCGCUGCUCGAAUGGUGAGCCACCACUAAUAAGGAAACCUGAAAGAGUGGUGGGAGUCAUUGGGGCAUCAGCCAGCUCUGUGUCUAUCAUGGUGGCGAAUGUAUUAAGGCUCUUUGCGAUCCCUCAAAUCAGCUAUGCAUCCACUGCUCCUGAACUAAGUGACAACAACCGCUAUGACUUCUUCUCACGUGUUGUGCCGCCCGAUUCUUACCAGGCUCAGGCUAUGGUGGACAUUGUGAAGGCAAUGGGUUGGAACUAUGUGUCAACAUUGGCUUCAGAGGGCAAUUAUGGUGAAAGUGGAGUUGAAGCCUUUGUACAGAUCUCACGAGAAGCAGGUGGUUUAUGUAUUGCUCAGUCUCUCAAAAUACCAAGAGAGCCCAAGCCCGGUGAGUUUGACAAGAUCAUCAAACGCCUAAUGGAAACUUCUAAUGCUCGUGGGAUCAUUAUGUUUGCCAAUGAAGAUGACAUUAAACGUGUCCUAGGGGCAGCAAAGAAAGCAAACCUGACAGGCCACUUCUUGUUCGUGGGGUCGGACAGCUGGGGAUCAAAGAUUACUCCCAUUUUGGACCAAGAAGAUGUGGCAGAAGGAGCAGUUACCAUACUUCCAAAGAGAGCAUCAAUUGAGGGGUUUGAUCAAUAUUUCACAACACGUUCUUUAGAAAACAACCGCAGAAACAUCUGGUUUGCUGAGUACUGGGAAGAUGAUUUUAAAUGCAAACUUACUCGCCCUGGCAGUAAGAAUGAUAAUGGACGGAAAAAAUGUACAGGGGAGGAGCGCAUCAGUCGAGAUUCGCCCUAUGAACAGGAAGGCAAGGUGCAGUUUGUGAUUGAUGCAGUCUACGCCAUGGCUCAUGCAUUGCAUAACAUGCACCUGGAUUUGUGCCCUGGUGCCACAGGGGUGUGUGAGAAAAUGGACCCAGUUGAGGGGAGAUUAUUACUACAGUAUAUUCGUGCUGUCAACUUUAAUGGCAGUGCUGGCACAGCUGUCAUGUUUAAUGAAAAUGGAGAUGCCCCUGGACGUUAUGACAUUUUCCAGUAUCAGAUGUCUAAUACUAGUAUCUCUGGGUACAAAGUCAUUGGUCAGUGGACCAACCAACUCAGGCUGAAUGUAGAGGAGAUGCUGUGGUCUGGGGGAGAACAAGCAAUCCCAGACUCUGUAUGUAGUUUUCCCUGCAACCCUGGCGAAAGAAAGAAGAUGGUGAAAGGUGUUCCUUGCUGCUGGCACUGUGAACUAUGUGAUGGCUACCAAUACCAGUCUGAUGAAUUCUCUUGUGAAAUGUGUCCUUUUGAUAUGAGGCCCACUGUGAAUCGCACUGCUUGCCGGCCAACUCCCAUUAUAAAACUUGAAUGGCAUUCUCCAUGGGCAAUGCUACCAAUGUUCUUGGCUCUACUGGGCAUCCUAGCAACUACAUCUGUUGUUGUAACCUUCAUUCGCUUCAAUGACACACCAAUAGUGCGGGCAUCUGGCCGAGAGCUGAGCUACGUGCUACUUACUGGGAUAUUCCUCAUCUAUGUUAUGACUUUCCUCAUGAUAGCGGAGCCCGGGGCUGUGGUGUGUGCUUUCCGAAGGCUAUUUCUUGGGCUGGGAAUGUGUAUCAGCUAUGCAGCAUUGCUCACAAAGACCAAUCGCAUUUACCGUAUUUUUGAACAAGGAAAGAAAUCGGUCACACCUCCCAGAUUUAUCAGUCCAACUUCCCAGCUAGUGAUUACCUUCAUUUUGAUUUCAUUACAGGUCCUCGGAGUGUUUGUCUGGUUUGGUGUAGUACCUCCACAUACAAUCAUUGACUAUGAGGAGCUGCAUCCACCAAACCCAGAGUUGGCUUGUGGGAUUCUCAAAUGCGACAUGUCUGACUUAUCACUAAUCUGUUGCCUCAGCUACAGCAUUGUGCUCAUGGUGACAUGCACAGUAUAUGCAGUCAAGAGUCGUGGAGUUCCAGAAAACUUUAACGAGGCAAAGCCUAUUGGUUUUACCAUGUAUACAACAUGUAUAAUCUGGCUGGCUUUCGUGCCCAUCUUUUUUGGUACUUCACAGUCUACUGAAAAGAUGUUUAUUCAGACCACUACACUGACCAUUUCCAUGAGUCUCAGUGCAUCUGUAUCCCUUGGUAUGCUUUAUAUCCCUAAGGUCUACAUCAUUCUGUUCCACCCAGAGCAAAACGUACAGAAGAGGAAACGCAGCUUCAAGGCCGUGGCCCAGGCAGCCACCAUGUCCUCCAGACUAUCACAAAAAUCCAAUGAUAAGCAAAAUGGUGAAGCAAAGCCUGAGGAGGGCAAGGAUAGUAAGUAACUUCACAAGCAUUCCUAAAAUGGCAUACAUUAACUACAGCAAUCCAGACAUUUAAGCAUGAGGAUCAGUAGAAGGAGAAGGCAGAAGAGAACCAUCCAAGUCAAUUGAUGGCCCUCUGACAAGUAGCUGACAAUGGCAGUGGUGCUCCUGUAAAAGACGCUCCAGAAAAUGUUGUUUAACAACUAGAAACCUUCUUAAAACUUUUAAGGAAUGCUUUUUGUUUAAUAAUAAUUCUUUAUUUAUUUGUCACAUACAUAGUUAUACAGGACAACAUGCAGUGAAAUGCAUCUUGUUGCUUGAAUGUUAACUGAAAAACAAAUUUCCAAAGCCUUUGACAACCAAGAAAAUGAAAGUACAAAGUUAGUGGUACCUUAUCCCUAGAAUACACCAUUUAGGGUUUCUUGUAAAUAUAAACUACAAAGUAAGUAAAAAAAAUAUAUGAUAAAUAGUUUUGCCCAAGUUCAUAUUCCCUUUCCCAGUCUCCUUUGUAACAUUAAAUAAAGGUUGUUGUUCUGUUGGUUUGCUCAUUCAGUUAACUUAAACAUACAAA